AUGUCUGUCAACAAGCCCACCGAUUCUAAGCAAAAGGAGCAGGAUAUCAACGCCAAGCUCCAAUUGUUUGGAAUCUUUCACGGGUUCAAGAACAACAAGCUCCCCUCGAACAAGCAAUGCGAUGUCGCUCUGAACAGUGCCCUCAACUCCAAGGCGCUCUCGUCGCCGUCGAAUGAGCUCUCCUCUGAGGGCAAGGUCCUCCUCAAGGAUCUGCGCAACGUCAUUGACAACUCCAAGAAGCUGCUCCUGUCCAAGAACGAUGGGGAGCUGUUGCAAGACUUCAUCUGGCAAGCCCAGCAGAUCACUGCUGGUGAUGCCAAGGGCCCUAACGUCGGCGUCACCAAAGAAGAUGGCAAGCAAGAUGCCAGCAAGGUUGCCGAUGGCCUGAAGACCCUGGGCACCCUGCUCAUCACCAACGGAGAAUUCCGCAAGAUUCUGAGCGAUGCCACCGUUCUGGUCCGCGACAUCGCCGCCGAUGCCUCCCAGAAGGCUGCCAACCAGGUCCGUCCCUCCGAGGAGAAGCUCGCCCAGAUCGAUGAGCCCGCCGAGGAAAACACCUGGCACGAAAAGCCCAACAUCUCGAAGGAUGAUAUCAAGAACAAAGUCAAGAAGAACAAGGGCGACAAGUCCAGCGGUGCCUCGCCUCCCAUCGCGGAGUCUGAGACCAAGGAUGAAGAUGCGUCUUCGGUCACUCCUUCCGAGAUGAGUCGUCGCCAGAAGCUGGCCAACCAGACCAAGGAGUACCUGUCCGAGAAGAUUCCCAAGGAGCGUCGCGAGCAGACCAUCUGGCGCCUGAAGAAGAUGGUCAUCGAGGUUCAGGGCCACGCUGACUACCAGCAAGCCAUCGAGACUCUUCUGUCCAUGGCCGAGAAGUAUGCCGGUCACACCAAGGAUGCCACCCAGCAGAGCGGCACCGCCGUUCGUGAUGUUCGGGACACCGACAGUGUCAAGGCUGUCGAGUACAACCUCCGCACUCUGAUUGAGCGUUUUGCCAACAACACCUCUUUGUCCGACUUCUUCGACUCGCUGAACAACAUCUACCGCGAUGCCGACAAGGACCCCGAGCUGCGUGGCUGGUUCAAGAACAUCGACACCUACAUCCGCAAGUGCUUGCGUGAGCAGGGCUUCAUUAUGGAGGAUGAGAGCAACAAGCAGUGGAAUGAGCUGUACGACAAGGGUCGCUACCUGCUCCGCGAGCGCUACCGCUCCCACUCUGACCGCAUCGUUGACGAGAUCAAGUUUCUCGCCGAGCAGUUCGACAAGGACCCUCAGAACAAGGCCCUUGCCGAGUCCAUCCAGCAGCUGUUCAAGGAUCUGGGACGUGAUGCCGAAGGCAAGGUUGUCUUCAAGAAGCACCUGCUCAAGGACAUCCGGGAUGUCAUCAUCCCCGGCAUUGUUGAGAAUGUCCGCUACAUUCCCAUCCCCCGCAUCGAGGUGUCUGACCCCAUGGUCGAUGUCGUCGUUGAGAACCUGGUCAUUGAGAGUGACAACCUGAUGCCCAACGUUCUCGAGUUCGGCAGUGACAACUACUUCCGCUGGGGCCGUAAGAAGGUCGCCAACAAGCGGGACAACAAGAUCAUGAUCGCCGCCUCUGGUAUCCAGGCCGACCUGCGCGAUGUCAGCUACUACAUCAAGAAGAAGCAGGGCUUCCCUUCGAUCACCGACACCGGUGUUAUGGAUAUCAUCCUGGGCGGCGAGGGCUUCAGCUUCAAGGUUGCGGCCUCCACCGCUGGCAAGGGUGACAAGCAGCACUUCGUCAAGCUGGACAAGGUGUCCGUCAACAUCAAGAACAUGAAAAUCAAAUUGAAGAAGUCGAGCCACAAGAUUCUGUUUGCUACCUUCAAGCCAAUGCUCAACCGUGUCGUCCGCCCCGCCCUGCAGAAGGUUAUUGAGGCUCAGAUCCGCAAGGCCUUCAAUGACGGUGAUGCUUUCGCCUAUGAGAUUCACGGCGAGGCCAAGAAGGCCCAGGAGGCUGCUCGCGAGGACCCCGAGAACGCCCCGAGCAUCUUCUCGCGCUACGCCGAUGCCAUUCGGGUCCGUAGCCAGGCCAAGGCCAAGCAGGCCGAGGGAGCCGUCAAGCGUGACACCAAGGUCCAGACCGUUAUGACUCUGCACGAUUCCAUCUUCCCUGACAUCAAGCUUCCCGGUGGCAUCUCUACCAAGGCCACCGAAUAUGCCGAGCUUGCCACCAAGGGUGAGCGCUGGGAGUCCCCCAUCUUCAGCAUCGGUGAUGCUUCCGAGUCGACCGAUAUCCCCUCGCAAGGGCCUGUCACCCGCAAGACUCACACCACCGCUGACGGUGUUCCUGGUGGUGCCGGUGGUGCUGCUGGCACUGCCGCUGCCGCCGGUGCUUCUGGUGCUACUGCCGCUGCCAGAGCCACCAACGGUAAGGUCGACAGCUACCCAUCGCGUGGUUUCUCGGAUGAAGUCGACCAGGCCUUCGUCAACGACAAGACCAAGGACAUCAGCAACGGUGUCAAGUCCACUACCAACGGCACUACCCAGGUCACCAAUGGCUCGACCUCUGUCGCUUAA